ACUAUUCAAGAUGGUAACUGAUUCUACUGAGAAUAACACUCAAGAGAUUUUCACCCAAGGGAUCGGCAUUCAAGAAGCAUGUACCCAAGAAAGCAACUACUGGGCAUUUAUGAUAGAAUAUCCGUUAUUGCAGCAAUCAACACUUACUGGUGCCUGGGUUAGGCUGUUCGAGUUAUCAGUGGUAUUAACAUUUGGAUUGAUCGGCAAUAUUUUAGUGUUCAUCGUCAUGCAGAGACCAGUUUUACGUAAACAGUCAUUCAGUCGCUACCUUAGCUUACUGGCGAUAUGUGAUUCUUUAUCUCUGAUCAUCCGGGCUUUCUUCUGGAUCAAUUUAUUGUCCACCAUUUUAAAAAGUGAAAUCAUUAUAACAUUCCGUACAGACUUCUUGUGUGGUUUUAGCGAAUAUUUCAUGACUGCAAACCAUGUGAUAUGUUCUUGGUUAUUGGUGUGCAUCACAUGUGAACGUAUCAUCGUCACAGCAUUUCCAUUUAGUGCCGCACAAUUCUGUACCCCCAAAAUUGCGAAUAUUGUUUUGGUGAUCUUGGUAAUGAGUGUAUGCAUAGCUCUCUCUUAUGUGUUCUACUUCAGCCAGUUCGCAUGUAACGUAUGUGGUAUGGUUAGACAAGCUCAAAAUAUUCAUUUCACCAUAGCUACAACGUGUGUCACUGUGGCUCCGUUAUUUAUAAUAAUUUUUUCUAAUAUAGGGAUUAUAUUUGCCCUUCGCUGUCAAUCAGAUAUUGUUUCUCAUCGUCAACAACUGAACAACCGCAAUCGAAUCACCAAAAUGUUACUCGUUUUAUCAAUUUCAUUUGUAAUUCUUUUCUUGCCAAACGCCAUGCUUGUCCUCCUAAUACAACUCCGUCCAGACUGGCAAAAAUCUUUGAGUGUAGCUCUGGGACCUGUCAAUAUGCUAUGGGAUAUCAACUAUGGUAUUAACUUUUACCUUUAUGCUAUCACUGGUAAAGUUGUUAGGAAGGAAGUGAAAGCAGUUUUCCGUCGGAUGAAAGUUAAAUUUCCAACAAGCAGACGAACAUCCAGACUGCCAAGUAUCAGUAGUGCUUCGACUGGGAUGGCAGCCAGUCAGACUCUAAGUUCUAUUUACCGAGCAGUUCAAUAGAAAAUAUAGAUUCUACUCUUAUCCACAGUGGAACAUUAAAUCAGAAAUACUAGUCGAUCUCUUGCUUUUAUUGUUUUCACUAAUUACUGUUUGUAAUUAUAAAUCUAUAAAUUAAUUCGAGAAAAUAAACAAAUAAAAAUGAACCUUUA